CUCCUCAGAGUUGUAAAGAUUUUAGUGGGUAGUUUUUCAAAGUUAUUGUAACUUUCUUUUCUUAGUAAAAAUGAAGAUUUGGUCUCCUAAACAUUCUGCUUGGACAGUUAUUACUCUUCUUUGUGUCUCUUCACACAUGGUGACUGUGAAGGAUUCUGAACUGAAGUUGUGUGCAGACGAGCGAAUGUGUGUCACCAACCGGAUGGACUGUGGCCCUUCGCCAUCAACAGCUAUAACAAAAAGUCUGAACAUGUCGUGUUUCUACCAGCUGUUAAAGAGUUCUGUGUCAUGUGAAUGGAGUCAGGAGUCCAACAGUCCCAGUGAGACUGAUGUCUCCCUGAUCUUCAGCAGUGAGGAUCAGAUCUUCUCCUGUCAGGGACUCUUCAGCCCAGCUGCCAGCCUCACUGUCACACUAUGCAUAAAAAACUCCAUGACAAGAAGACAAACAAGGUCCAAACCUCAUAGAAUGUUUCUUUGUGAUGCAAUGAAACCUCACCCACCUGUUCUAACCCUGCGUGACUCCUCUGCUGACUCCCUUGUUGUGUCAUGGAGGAGCAGCGGUGAUGAACGUUGUCGGCUUCGGUACAGAGUCCACAGCACUCAGACCUGGACUCAGGUUUCGGAUUCUGUUCCGGCACAUCCACAACAGAUGCUAUUUUUCACAAUCGAAGACCUCCAGCCAUUCACUGUCUACACGGCGUCUGUGUCCUGCAGGGACAUGUGUGGCAUCUGGAGUGACUGGAGCUCUGACAUCACAGGGAGGACACGAGACAGAGCACCUUCUAGUCCUCCAGAAGUUUGUUACCGACUGGAGAAUAGAAAUUCAGACUCUUUCCUCCUUCACCUCAUGUGGAAGGCCCUCAGACCUCAUGAAGCUGGAGGACGAGUCCUAGGAUACCAGGUGAGCCACACGCCAGUGAAGGAGGAGGACCAAGGAUCGAUACAUAACGUCACUGACCUGAUGGCACUCCUAGUGGUGGAGGCAGGGAACAGCAACGUCACAGUCAGUGCUUUUAACACAGCUGGCUACGGUCCCACCGCGCAUCUUGGCAUUAGCACAUGUGACUUAAAAAAAUCGGUCAGUUCGGUGAAACACCUUUGGGCUUCCAGCUAUUUUCCAGACAACAAAAGUCUUCUAAUCCAAUGGAAUAUUGUCACAGAUCCUGACCAGAAUGGCAAUUAUUUAGUCCCUCCCACAAACUGUUCCUCAGCUUCACCUGUCAGUUAUUACGCCAUCCAGUGGCGCUCUGAGACAAACCCGCCCACCAGCCACUGGGGCACAGAGGAUGGUUUCAAGACCUCGGCUGUCAUUCAAGACCACCUGGAUCCAGAUCAGUCCUACAUGAUCAGCAUCUUUCCUGUCUGUGAGCAGCAAUGUGGAGUUCCUCAGUCACUGCCCGCCAGUCUGCAGCACGGAGCUCUGAUGGAAGCGACCAAUCUGUCAGUCGUGGGUGUGACCAAAGCCACUGUCACAGUAAAGUGGGUGUGGCAGAGGAAGACUGAACCAAUCAGAGUCAACCGAUACAGAGUGAUGCUGAGAAUAGACUCGGAGAGUCAAACCCUGUCGGUGUGGCCGGACCAACAGCAGUACACUUUCUACAACCUGAAACCUAACACUGAGUAUUCUGUCGUGUUAUUGGCUGAUAACGUUUCCAGGGAAUUCAUCCCCAUAGCAACAGGUUUUGAUGAGGCAGUAGUAGUGGCAACAGCAGCACCGUUGUUGCUGCUGGCGACUGUCGUGGUAACCAUCUGCCUUUUAUCCAGGACUGUGUACAAGUCAUAUUUCUUCCCGCUCAUCUCCAGCCCUCGGGAGAGUCAGACGGGGAAAUGGCUGAUGGACACAAACCACCAGAAAACCAAACAAAGAGCAGUUCUGGAUAUUCAAGACUUAAGUGUGACAGAUGUGCUCAUAGUAAAUAGUAUCAUGUUUGAACCCAAGUCCGAGCCCCACUCAGAGGAAGUCCAAGAUGAAGACACCUCGCCGCUGCAGCUCAGUCACAUAAUCACACUCGCCUGUCUCAAAGUGGACAUGGAAUAUGUUUCAAAUGCUUUGCCUGCAGGUACUACACAGCACCAACUGGUUUCCCUGCAGGCCUACGAUCCUGUUUACAAGCCAAACAAUGUGAUCCAUGAGGCCGGCGCUCCUCUGUGGCACAGUGAGACGUGUGAGGUGAACACAGACUUAACACCUCCUCCAACAGAGAAACACAGCAGACAGAGCAACAUUUCUGAGACAUCACUCCAGGAAGAACCCGCUGACAGUUUUAUGUUUCAGAAAUUCACAGAUGUCUUAUUAGGUUAGGUUUGUGCUGAACAUGAAAAAUGAUGUUGCAAUGAUGAAGGAACAGGAAAAGAGUUCAUAUCUGAUCUGUCAGGCAGAUGAUAGUACAAGUAACUGCAUGACCACAAACACUGGCUGAAAAAAGC